AUGCAAUUCAAAAACGCAAUAUUGAUAUUAUUAGUCUUUGUACUUCUUAUCUGCUCCAAUCCUACAUCUUAAGUUUAAGCCAAAGCACUAAAAUCAUAUGCAUAAAGCGCUAAAGAACAAUCUAGUGCUAGUUGUGCCUUACCUUAUACUAGCUGCAAGUCUAAGUCAUGCUGUGCUGGAUAUUGCUUAUUCAAAAAAUGUGUUGUAGUCUGA